UCGGUAGAUAUUUUGAAAGUAACGGUCCUCGGCAAUCAAAAGAGGCAAAAGAGCAUUAAAAUUCCUAUAAGAGUCAAUGCCUACAACUUUAGCCGCACUUUUCAUUUUGACUUUACAGUAAGGUACCUAGAAAUUUGAAUUCAAUUCAGUGCUGCAUAUUUUUGUACUUAAUAAAAAACCUAAAUUUUCUCGAAACUAACUCCAUGGCGUUUGUCAAACUUUGAUACCAAGCUCCUCAAGUGAAUUCACGUAAAUUUUGAUGAGGACAUUGAGGACUUUUCUUGAAGAAAAUGUUUCCCGUCGAAUAAUGUAAAAACUUUGUUGUUUUCGUAUACGUGCGGAAACAACGAUUUUAUGAAGUAGGUAUUUUUUUUCAAUUCACAGAUUGUUAUGUAUAAGUAAGUACUUACACAUAGGUACCUACUGAGAUUUCACGAACUUGAAGUCUUGAACAUGCACAGAUUUUUUGGCACGUAAAACAUUAUAGAUAUUAAAUUAUAUAUAAAAUUCAGUACAAACUUCUAUUCGUUCACACAGUGAAGCAGCUGUUGUGGAGGUACCUACCUAGAAGUACCUAUUCAGUUCUUCUUUACUCAAGUAUAGGUAUUUUACAAAUAGUCUGCCCAAAAACUGUCGGAAUUCGGAAGGUAUCGUCGAUAUUUAUUAUGUUUAUUAAUGAGAAAUUAAUACUGACAUAGGUAGGUACAUAUAAUUCAUCAUGUUAUGUCGUACUGUAUACCUACUACCUACCUACUAUACUCGAGCCAUGAAGUACGUAAGUAAAUACAGAAUCGCUACAAAAUAACAAUAUUUCAGGUAAGAUUCUCAUUACGAUUGAACGUUAUAUGUACUUCAAACACACUUCCAAGUAAUAUACCUACGAGUUGAAAUCGAACCUUUUUUUCAAAAUGUUGAAAAUCAAAUUAAUCUACUUCUCGUUCUUGAUUUUGAGUAAGUCGAUUUUUGAAUAUUAUGGAUAAUUGGAUAGAAUCUCAAGUUUGGGCAGCGCCGGGCUGCCCAGUGCCAGGAUUUUUAAUUGGAUAGGGCAUUAGGGCGGGUAAUUAGAUCCAAAUCGAGUAAUUUUGUUAUGUCAUUUUCUUCAAGUAAUUCUACAUCUACAUAAGUAGGUAACUUUAAAAUUGAAUAUUGAUUGAAAAAAUAUAUCUGCAUUUAUAUUCGUUUUACACCUAGGUUUAUACUUCAUUGAACCUGUGAGAGGUAAGCAAUUUGAAAAAUACACGAUUUUUUAAAAGAUUUAGAUAAGUACCCUUUUGUUGCUUAUGACUUUCAAUGUUACUAGGUCUAAUCACAAACAUGGUUUUUUUUUUUAAUUGAUAGCGUUCAAUUACAAUGAGGCCAUAAAGCAACUGGAAACUGUAAUGGGCGUGAUUAAGUCACAAUUAGCUGGUGAUGUCAGAUUUGACUAUACAAGUAAGUACACAGCAAUAAGAUCCCCAGAAUACCCAAUCUAAAAACACCAGUUCGAAACGUACCCAUAGAGGUCAACUUUGAUGUAAAACUAUUUCCAAAAAAAUUAUUGAGUCGAUUUCCUCUCUCUCACUUGAGUAAUAUGGCCAUUAUAUGCCCAAAAUUCGAUAUUUUUUAUAUCUGAAUCGAGAAGCUCUGUUUUACAAAAUUUUGUUAAUUUUACAUGAAUUCGGUAGGUAGUAUAUCAUAUUUUUUAUAUACUUUGAACCAAAUUAUAAGUAUCUAAUGUCAUUGUCAGUCUUUUACGUCAAUUUGAUCAAAUUUUGAUAUUUUUUUUCAUAAGCCCUCCGAAAAAACUACUUACUGGAUCUUUUUUAAAAAAAUGUAUACUUACCUGUCAACCUAUAGAGACUAGGUACUUUCUGUAAAAUUUGAAAUUUUUGCAUUACCUCCUCCAGGGAUGGAAAAUAUUUAAUUUUGUGUAGGUAUAUGGACCUAUACCAUUAUAUUACUCUGGUUAAGGUGAGUGAAAUUCGUGCGAUAAACAACCAUACCAGGGUCGUUGUGAACCGGAUCACAUUUGAGUGAUCUGUAUCCGUGAUCCGGAUCAUUUUCUGCAGUAAGAAUCGUGAUCCGUGAUCCGGAUCAUUAUACCACAACGAUUCGUGAUCUAUGAUCCAAUUCAAAAUUUUCCGCAGAUCAUUUUUUCACGGAUCAUUUUUUUUUUCAUCAAUAUUGCUGCAUGUUUUUGCUUUGAAAAUUCGAUUUUAUUAAAAAUUAAUGGAGUGAACUCAAUUUGUUGGAUAUUGACCUAAUGAUAACGAAUAAUUCGUUUUUCGCUAGAAUGCUUAAUUUUUGAUUUGUUGACAAAAAACUAAAACUUUUUGAAAUUAUUUUUUGAAAAAUUUGCAAACUGAGUUUCAUAAAAAUCGAUCUGAAGGCGAAAGGAAGCUUCAUACAAAAAAAUUGCACACGACUAAAAUUUUAGAGAAUUAAAUUUACAAUCGACACAAUGCCAUUAGUUUUUUUCUAGGAUGCUUAGUUUUUGAUUUAUUGACAAAAAACUAAAACUUCUUGAAAUGUGAAAUAGUAUAUUACACAACGAGGGCCGAAAAAGUGAUUUUUGACGAGGGUGAGGUUUGUGACCCGAACGAAGUGAGGGGAACAACUCACACGAGUUCAAAAUCACUUUUUCUCCGAGUUUAGUGAAGUAAUUUUUCCUGAACGAUGGUGGAAAGUACUUAUUUUUACAUCCGAGCGAUUCUCGCGAGGUUGGAAAAGUAGUACUUUUCACCCCUAGAUAGGAAAAUUUCAUUUUUCAACUUCUGCAAAUUUGCAAGCUGAGGCUGACUUUUUUCCCACCCCUGUAUAAUGUGUUAUUGCAAUUUUUUUGAAAAUAAAAUGGAGACUACUUUGUUUCUUACGUUUUUGUUCAAUCUUUGAUUUGAAAAAACCAAUUUAGCACCUCAUAAUACAAUUUCCUUGAAAUGAUCCGAAAAAUGAUCCGUGAAACUUGAGCUGGAUCAUUUUUUUCUGGAUUGAUUCGUGAUUCGUGAUCCGGAUCACAAUUUUCCGGGAGAUCUUUGAUCCGUGAUCCGGAUCACAAAUUUCUCAAUGAUUUGUGAUCCGUGAUUCGGAUCAAAUUUCUGUGAUCCGCAACAACCCUGAACCAUACAUUUCUAUAAUUUUAAAUUAAACAUACCUACUCCUGCUACAGCAAUAAUAAUAUAAUUAUGUAAACCUGAAUUCGCAGAUGUAAUAAAUGCACAAAAUGUCAUAGGUAAGGGAGAAUUUCUUACGUGCACAUUUGCACAAUUAACGAAAUUUAGAGGAAAAAUUUUCAUUAAACGUUCGCCCUUUCGGCGAUAAUUUGCAGAUUUUGCGAACGCAGCAAACGGAUUGUUAAGUGAAGGGCAACUUGAAGAAUUGAAAGGAUUACCGAAAAAAAAUCGCGCUGCGUUGAGAAGUAUGUACUUAUGAAUUGAAUUCAUCCUUAUUUACCCUUGAAACAAUAUCAGCGGACAAGAAAUCUCAGUAUAAGAGAAGGAAAAAAUUAAAUACUUACCAAAACGUAUAAUUCAGAACCAAAAACAUGGCUUUUGUUAUGGCACUACCUACCUAUCAAAAAAAAAAAAUUAUUUUGAUGGAAGGAAGCCUUAUGUUAGAGUUGCCGAAGGUGUUGAGAUUACCUACAUUCUCUAAAUCACUCAUCAUUGGUUGAAAAUUUUUUGUCACACUUCGAGUGCAUCCAGAUCUAAUGCAUUAGCCUUCAAAAUGUGAGUAUUUUGUAAGAAAUCGUAAUAAUGUUUAGAAAUUACGAUGCUCAGCACCCCGCCGAUGAUCAGGACAUAAAUGAUGAAAUGUGUUCAUUAUGCUGAGUAACUUUAACAACGAAUUUACACAAUGUAGGUACGAUCUUUAUUCAAUUAAUAUUUUGUUUUCAUACAGAGAUUAUCCUCCAGUAUGUCAGUGAUUUUUAUUUAUGUAAGUAUAGGACAAUUUUUUCUCCCACCCACCAAGUUUAAAUUAAUAAAAUUUUAAAAUUUGAAUGUAUUUCGUUUUUCAACGAUGCAGUAGCAAGACAAGCCGGAAUUGGUGAGUUAUAUUCAUUUCAAGUUAACCAUCUUACUAAACAUUUUGGAAGUGUUAACCUUGUUUUAACAAGGGAACGUUCAAGUGUCCCCCCACCUAUCCGAAUGAUAUUUUUAAUUUUACGGCGUAUCCUGAAUGAGCGGGUAUCGAAAUUUACAAAAUUUUAAGUUUCUGGCGCAACUUGAAACUUUUCGGAACGAAAAAAAAAAUUCUCUUACGAAAUGUCUACUUCCAAAAUUUAAGAAUUAUUAGCAAUUAAAUUUCUACCCUUAUUUAGUAUGGUAAUAGCAUGACUUAAUUUUUGAAUUUUUACAGAUACCUCAUCGAGGAGUGGCCUUACCGCUCCGUUUGUUGGACGGACGCCGAAAGAAUGAAAAAUACAAACUUGAAAUUCGAAGCAGUGAUUCAAUUCAAUUCGCCAUUCGGAAAUAAUAUCAAACUUCACUGUUGAAACUCAUUGAAGGAUGAAGGAUGUUUUGUCGUUAGAUUAGAAGAAAUCAAUGGUUCAAAUACAGAUAACCUGAUAGAUCGAAUUUUGGUAUUUGACCAUUUGUUCAACUGGGUUUACUCCUGAUCGAUUCUGGUUCUUGUCUACAGUAAAUUUUGAUACGCAAAGAGAUCUCAGGAAGUGUUUCGAUCUAUAAGAAGUACAUACUUUACUUACAUAAACUGCAGAAACUUUAAAAAAAAAUCAAAAAGUGAUCGCAGCCAAUUAAAUAAAAAUGAAAAUUAAUGGAAAAAUUAUUUGUUGAAAUGAAUUGAAGCGAUCACGUGAACCAAUCAGAAAUGAGCUACGGGAAAGUCCACGGACCUUGAACCUUUCAAGAAGGUGAAGAAGGGUGUUUUUAUUGUCGGUCGCCGACUCGUCGUUCCUCCACCACUCAUCCUUGAACGGUUCAAUGUGUUCUUUAUUCGCCCUUCGCCAUCAUUGUUCGGUUGUUCCAGUUCCAGCAGUUCCAUUGUUCUACCGUUUGCAAUGUUGGAAUUUUCUGAGUUUUCAAUUAAAGACGUAAGUUUUUUAAUUUGAAAGCUGUUUUAAACUUCAAUAACGUUUUGACGUAUACUGCUUGAUCUUGACGUACGUUUCCGAAUUACCGGCGAAUCAGAUUUCAUCAACACCUGUAGCGGUGAAUAUCAGUUACGUAGGCGAACUGUACAGCAAUAAAUAAUAAUAAUUAAUAGUGUGCAUAUCAUGGCGCCCCCUGCUAGAGCAAUAAGAUCAACACCGUCAACUACUGUUAGAAUCAAUAUCAUAGUAUCUGACAUUUACACCUUAUCGGUAAAAAAUACGUUGCAUCAAUUCGAUGACAAAUUAUCCGUGUUCGACGUUCAUAAAGCUGACAUCAAUAAUUCCAAGAAACUACCGGUAGUUAUAACUUACUACUCGCCUGAAAAUUCGAGUAUAAUUCGAGCGGUUCCUCUGGAGUAUCCGGUAAUGUUUGUAUUUCGUGUAAAAAAUUCGAAUCCAUUCGAAAGGUUCGAGUCGGAUAAACAUAAUGCUCGUAUUUUGAAAGUAGCAUUUAAUUAUACGAAUCUAGUAAAAAAAGUACCUGUCAUCUCUGAAUUUUCUUUAAUGAAAGUUAUGGCGCAGUUGCAUCAUCAACCGUUGUGUCGAUUGUGGAAGAAAACAGAAACGCAGUUGCAAUCGUUACGUGCGUUGCACGAAUCUUUGGUACAAGAGAAGGCCGGCCAUGGAAUUAGUGAAAAUUAUAAAAACAUGGAACGAGAAUUGCAGGAAUCGCUAGCAGACAUUCAUGAUGUUGAUUGGGUCUCGGAAAUACCCAAGUUGAAACAAAAAUUCAUUUGGCGAGGUGAAAUAAUGCACUACGAGUACCUGAUUAAAGUGUUGAAGAAAGCGUUGGAUUCGGUACUCGAUGCCUCUGUACAAGUCGCUCGUGCUACUCGACAGCUGACCGUAUUAAAAACAGAAUACGAAACUAGCUUGGACGAAUUUUUCACAAAAUUUGGAGGUAUACCUCGCAAAAGACUUCUCGAAAGAUCGUCAAACGACCUCGACGAUACAUCCAGUGAAUUACAAUCGAAAAAUGAAGAAACUCUAUCGAAAUCGUUUAUCAGCAGUGAUCAUUUAAUAUCCAGUGAAGUUGAAGGUAAUGUCAUUCCUUCGAAAAAACCGAGAAAUGUUUGUUAUGGUGAAUAUGAGUGUGAUUAUGAGUGAUCACACUUUUUGUAAUUUUUGCAAAGUUUCAUAAGAAUGUUUAUAAUUAUUCCAUUUUGGUGAUAAUUCAUUAAUUUUUGCUAGUUAUUUUCUAUGAUUUAAGAAAUUUUUUACGAAAUAUGUAAUUUUAUCGCGUUGCGUUGUGUUGUGUUUUUGAAUAUUUCUUGCGGUAUGAAUUAAUUUCAACGAUGUCAAGUUUGAAUUAUAUUUAUUUUACCGCAAUUUUAUCUAUUUUUGG